AUGUCCGGUUUGGACAUGUACGUUGCUGAAGGCACCCUGCCUGCAGUCGACAACACUCUAGCGGAUAAGCUAACCAAGGUGAUUGACACCUUGAUCCCUAGAAUGGAAAGUCUUGAGAGGGCCGUCUCCGGACAGGCCUCUAAGCCAACUGGAGCGACCCGAGCGGACUCCUUCAAUACCCUCCUAGUGAGGAUCGAAGAGAUAGCGGCCAACAUGACCAGAUUGGAGAAAAAGGUUGAGGCUCUGUCCUCACCUCAAUCUUCCAACAUGAUGGCUCAGACGGCCGCUAAGCCGUGCAUCUUACCUCCCAGACCUGCCCCCCUCUACUCAGAGAAGGCGGCCGGGACUUCCAAUCCUGGGGUGGCAAAAUCCUUACCGCCGGUUCCCCCCUCGUCGUACAUUAACAGGUUCAAGUUGGGGCAGGUGGUUAUCAGAAAGAAAUUUGAUCAACCCAAACCCUUCGAAGGCCUGACAGCGGCAACUAUCUGCCAGAAAAUCAACGAUGCACUUGAUUUCGCUAAGGCAACGAUCGAUAAUGAAAUAAUUAAGGUAAAGGCUGUCGCACAAUUCCCGAAUGGGGAUCUCACCCCGUCCUCCUCCACUCCUGUCCCACAAGCUUUGAAGUCAACAAUAAAGAGCAUGUUGAGCUCCUUUGCAAGCAAAACGAAAUCGAGCCAAAAGAGAUCCAUAAGAUCCGCCGGCUACUCAACCCCAAAGGAACGGGUAAAGCUUCCAGCACCCUCCUAA